GCGGAGUGUUGCGAUUCCGGGAACGCGAGUUCGGGCGACGUUUGUUUUACAGGGGAAGGUUUUACGUGCGAACCUAAUCUUAACGCAAAGUUCCAUUACAUGCGAUUGAUUCUGGAUUGAUUAGCCGAGAAACAAUGAAGGUCGUUCUUUACUGGGCAGUUUUGAAUUGAGAUUUACAGACACGCUGUUUUCUUAUACAUUGGCAUACUGUGUCACCAUUAAAAAUUAUCAGGGGGGUACAUUUUCGAAAGAUAAACCAGUCGAUUUCUGGCCACCUCUAGGUGCGUCGCUUUAUCCAGUUAAGGUGUAGUGCUACGUUAGGCCGGGAAGACGACCUUUUAGCUGGUGUAACGUUAGCUAGCCAGAUGUAGGACUAAAAUUGCUGCAGUUUUCACAAUUUACCUAGCCACCUAAAUUUACUGCAUCGGUAGCUGGCUAGCUAAUACUAAUUUUGUGACAGCUAGCGAGCCAUAUGGAUGAGCAGCAGACCGGGAGAUGCGGCAGAGGGCAUGAGCACCAGAUCCAGCACCAGAUCCACCAGAUCCUCUCAGGCUGAGAGGAGAAGCGGGAAGACGGGCGGGCAGGGCGGGGCCUCGGAGAAGGCAGCCAUGAGCCACAGCGCCUCCACGUCCAGCUCGGACAGCCGGGCCAAGAAGGCCAAGACACAGGAAGCGGCCAACUCCCACAGGCAGGUCCAAGCCACGCCCUCUAGGAACGGCAGGCCGAAAGGGGCGGAGCCCGCAGCGGACGCCGCCAAGGGCGGGAGAGGAGACCUGGAGCGAGGAGGCGGGAGAGGAGAACUGGAGCGAGGAGGCGGGAGAGGAUCGAGGGUAGAGCGAGGAGGUGGGAGAGGAGAUGUGGAGCGAGGAGGAGGGAGAGGAUCGAGGGUAGAGCGAGGAGGCGGGAGAGGAGCGCACAAGGCCAAGGAGGCGAUGGAGAUGAAGGAGAUGAAGGAGGUGAAGGAGGCCAAGGAGGCAAAGGAAGUGAAAGAGGUGAAGGAGGCGAAGGAGGUGAAGGAGGCGAAGGAGGCGGGGCCCUCGGAGGUGCAGGCUGGCAGGGAGGUGGAGAGCAUGGAGGUGUCCGGCCAGCCCGAAACGCCGGGGGAGACCCGUGGGGAGCCCGCCCCCCAGGCCGUCCCUCCGCCCGCGGAAGAGAAGGCGGAGACGUGGGGAGGAAGGGGCGGAGCCACAGCGAAGGAGGAGGAGGAUGAGGAGGAUAGUGAGAAUGACCUGUAUCGAGGGGAAGAGGAGAUCCACAGGGCCAGGAGCAAGAAGGGCCGGGGGGAUUCGGCGACCGUGCGCGACCGGGCGGCAGGAGCCAAGGGCAGCUGCAGCGUGGAGGCCGAGGUCAACCUUCUGUCCUACAGCGAGAGGGAGUGGAGGGGCAACACGGCCAAGAGCGCCCUCAUCAGGAAGGGGUACCGGGAGGCGGCGCAGAGCUUCACGGGGCUGCGCAGGGUGCGGGGGGAUAAUUACUGCGCCCUGAGGGCCACGCUCUUCCAAGUCCUGGCCCAGAGCACCGAGCUGCCCGCCUGGCUCACAGAGGAGGACGUCACCCUGUGGCCUGAGCAGCUGCUGGCAGAGAAGGAGCUGAUUGGACAGUGGCGGUUUCCCAGGGAGCGAGGGGAGGAGCGGACACCAGAGGGCGCCAUAGAGCAGCUGAAACACUACAUGAGGCUCCUCAGGACAAGGUGGGAGGCGGCGGCCCGGGCGGGCAGCGCCGAGCGGCGGCAGGACGUGUGCGCGGAGGUGUUCCGGGCGGAGGAGGAGGAGGAGGAGGAGGAGUACGCGCUCCUGGAGGCGCUCAAGUUCCUGAUGCUGCGCACGGCCUGCCAGCUGCACGCGCGCAUGCUGCAGGGCGCCGACGUGCCCGUCUUCUGCUGGCUGCUCUUCGCCCGCGACUCCUCCCCCUGCCCGCGCCUCUUCCUCACCAACCACCUCCGCCACGUGGGCGGCAGCGGCGGCCUGGAGCAGGUGGAGAUGUUCCUCCUGGGCUACGCCCUGCAGCAGACGAUCAAGGUGUACCGGCUGUACAAGGCGGACACAGAGGAGUUUGUCACCUACUACCCUGACGACCACACGAAGGACUGGCCCUGCGUGUGCCUUUUGACCGAGGACGACCGCCAUUACAACGUUCCUGUGUCUGAGUCUGAGGAGACCCAAGGGACCCGUCUCUGAGAUCCAAGGGACCCCACUCUGAGACCCAAGGGACCCCGCUCUGAGACCCACAUCAGAACUUCUCACGAUGAGCACAGGUGGGAAGUCCCACCCAGAAACAAGACAAACUGAUUGAUGGAUAUCCCCCAGAACGUAAAUGUUUUUGGUUUUCACCGAAUGUCUUUUGGUUCUGAUAACAAUGAAUGACGGCAAGAAGAAGCUCAUGGAAGCCUUUUACUGUAGCUCACGGAAAUUAUUACACAAGCUAGGAACUGUUAAUUAUUCAAAAUUUUUAUAUUGGGGUUUUUUUUUAAAAUUAUGUGUAAUGCAGACUGGAAUCCCUAUGUGUAAAUUGAGUUUCUUGCUUCUGAUUUCACUCUUAUUUAAAACAAUUUCAGGGCUAGUGGUUUUUUCAGUAUAGUGGUGCUUGUCCUUCCUAUUUAAAUUUUCUUUUAUUUAAAUCAAACUUUAUAGAGAUCAAUAGGGUACUGGUGUGAAUUAUUUUGAAGAAUCAUAUGCACAAAAAGCAUAACAUAGAAAAAGAGCAGUCUGUGGAAUCCAAUCAAAUGAGCUUUGCCUGGCAGAGCAUUCUGAAGGGAACAUGCAGGGUUGCCUUGUCCGUCAUGGCAACCAGACCCCGCAUUAAUGGAGGGUCACCCAGGGGGGGAUGAGUCUUGGUUGCCAGAUUGCACAUGAGCAGCUAGCUCUCCUGGUUUAUCAGAGAGUCUGGGUUGCCAGAUUGCACACGAGCAGCUCGCUCCCCUGGUUUAUCAGUGCGCGUGGGUUGCCAGAUUGCAGACGAGCAGCUCCCCUGGCUUAUCAGAGUCUGGGUUGCCAGAUUGCACAUGAGCAGCUUGCUCUCCUGGUUUAUCAGAGCGUCUGGGUUGCCAGAUUGCAGACGAGCAUCUCCCCUGGCUUAUCAGAGUCUGGGUUGCCAGUUUGCACAUGAGCAGCUCGCUCUCCUGGUUUAUCAGAGAGUCUGGGUUGCCAGAUUGCACUGAGCAGCUAGCUCUCCUGGUUUAUCAGAGCGUGUGGGUUGCCAGAUUGCACACGAGCAGCUCCCCUGGUUUAGCAGGCCCCUGCAGUCAGGCCUGCUCCAGCUGCGUGAGCCAGCUGCUUGUCCGGCACGACGUCUGCAUAGCCGUGCUGAUUGGCUGAGGAGGAAAAAGCAGGCUGGCCGUGUGCAUCGCAGCCAACACCAGCAAAAAAGGGGGGUCUCCCAGCUUACAAAUAGGAUCGGUACAAAGAAGAUUUUUUGGGGGGGAUUUUUUUUGUUGGACAUUUUGAAAAAACACUGCCAUGAGUUCAAAGGCGUGAAACCCGUGUUGCCUUAUAAAGCACUUACCUGUAAGAGGCACUUGUCAGGGCUCUCUCCUUCCUUACUGUUCUUUCUUUCAUCACAGUGUAAAUCUUUCAGCCAAUUGUAAUAAAUAUCCCAUAAUUCCACAGCGGCGGGGUAUAAAACGUCCAGUAUGUUCAGAAUAAAUGUGAUCCCCCCCAAGCUACCGCUGUACAGCUAACAGUAUUUCUGUUGGGAUAGAUUGGUGUACACACACUAUAUAAUUUAUUGUGAAACAAUGAGUUUAAUUUAAAGGGAAGAAAUAUGACCUAGAGCAACAGUAAAAUCCAGUCAAAUCGGUUGACGUUUUCUGUGCUUCCAAAAUAAAUUUUUUUUUUUUUGGCA